UGGGAAAGCGGCCCCAACGCGCCCGACUCAACUCCGGUAGCGGCCCGUAUAGACGUCACCGGCGGGCAAUAGCAUAUCAGCCUCGACAGAGAUAUGAUGGGAGGGCCUGACUCGUGGCUUGAGCUUCAUUUCCUAUAUCUCUGCAUCCAACACUCCGCCAAUCUCAGUCCCCAUGGCCUGAGUAUACAUUGGCAGCCCUCCGUCCCUCUUGGGCUCGCCAGUCUUCCCGUUCCUCCCUCUUUUUGCCUAUUCCUCUCGUUUCCUCUUCAUUUCUUCCGCGCGGCAUAACAGCUGAAGCUGAGCAUUGCCCGGCACGCUCCACUGUAACUGUACUAAGCGCGUAUAGGUUUAUCCUUCGGCAGAUGCAAAGGGGCCGUGGACGAGGACGAGGUAGAAAUCCAAACCCUGCCCGGAGCACUUCGAGGAGAGGAAUCAGACCCAGUUCCCGCAACACCAUCUCCCGGACCACCAGCCGCGCGUCAGUAAGACGAUCGGCCCGAAUCGCAGAGCUACUCAACGGCGAAGUCAACGGCGAAGUCAACGGCCAUCCCGAACCAUCCGCAAGCACCUCGAUGGCUGACGUUGCAAGGCCACGGGCGCUAGGAAGAGGCUCGGCUCGCAGAACACACCACUCUGGAAACAGCCGCCGCUCCAGGUCUGGUCGGCAUUCCGUGUCACCAGAAGACAUCAGAUACGCCAUGGACAUCAUCGUCCAACCGCCUCCCAGCGCCCGUGCCGGCUAUUCCUUAAACGGCACCAUUAUUGUCCGUUUACGGACGACCAAUGCCAAUCCCGAGGACGCCAUCGCUGAUUCCAGCAACCUUGUCGCCGUUGCCACGCUGGUCCCUGGCCCGAAUUCGACAGGCUCAACUGAUCCUGCGGUCCUCAAUGGACUGCUCGCCGGCCGACGUUUCGAUUCCAUUCAUCCCUUCUCCGACGACGAAGCGGAUGGCUCCAUCGCCUCCAUGGAGCUCGACGACCCCCGCGGGGUCGGCUACAUGCGCUUCUCCGACCUCAGCAUCCGCCAGGCCGGCACCUAUCGGAUACGCAUCACUUUGCUACGGGUUAGGGGCUCGAGCUCCGACCCUCCUGUGGCCUCUGUGACUGGAGGAGCUGCAGUGCAAAUUGUCGAUAGCAACCCAAUCGUCGUCCAAGGAAGCGGCCCAACUCCCAAUCUGGCAGCAUACAACGCGAUUUCAUCGGCGGAUCGGAGACGAGGCCGCAUAUGUAGCCCGACACGACAUCCACAACGGCGUACCUGCAUAUCAUCCGCAAUCGCAUCCCCGUCUAUAUUUCACAUGCGGAUCUGAACAUGUCAGCCCAAGUGGAAGGCUGCAUCUGCGCCCCGUACUUCCGCGCACGUCAUAUGUCGUAUGCCUGCCAUAGUCCAUUGAGUGGGUCUCUCGCAUCUGCAUCUGCAUCUGCAGCUGCAGGAACAGAAACGCAAGCUGCAUGUCGAUAGCAUAUUGACUAUCUCUUUCUGGGUCUCACGCCAGCCCCGUAGGUUCAAAGCGCCAUUAUAACAUGAUUGCUUACCCG